AUGAAAACGAAUUUUUAUUUUACUACNCGUGAGAAAACCCCCGAGAUACGGGCCUUCUUACAGCAGGCGUUCGUAGAAAGGAUGAAAUCCAAUAAUCCUUUUUCACAAGAGGUGAGUUUCAUUCUCAUGACACUCCUCUACAGCGGAUCAAACCAUCCUCACCUUGUGCUGGCUGACAUGCUACUAAACAUGUCCGCUGAGGAGCGCCUCGCUACGCACAAUUGGUGGGUAUAUCAGAAUGCAAAUGAACUUAUACAGGUUUCCAUGUCAAUAGCCAUCGCCUCCGGCAAGCUUGCCUUCCCUCUGUUUCCAGGCAAACAAAUGGACACCCAGAACCGUUGCCUGAUUGAGGAUGCUAUG